AAUAUUUAGGAACAAUUUUCACACAAAAACAAAUCAAAUGUGAAAUCUUAUCAAAAAAAGGAAUUCAUUACACGAAUAAACUGGACAAUUUCAAACACUUACAGACAGCCACGAGCAUCGAAGAACUUGGCGCGAUGUCACAAUCAGAUUGCGAGGAUUUGAAGGCAUUUGAGAGACGCCUCACCGAAGUGGUAUCAUCCUACAGGCCAUCCACGUUCCGCUGGCGAUUGAUACUAUCUGCUUUGUCCGUCUGUACGGCAAUUAGCGCCUGGUACUGGCUGAAAGAUCCACGCACAACGGUUGUGCCGCUGACAGAAUCACUAUGGAUCCACCCCGUGUUUACUGUGGCUACCGUCACAUUGAUAGUGCUCUUCAUUUUGGGCAUACAAAAACUGGUGGUGGCUCCACAGAUAAUUACGUCACGCACACGAAAUGUUUUAACGGACUUCGCUCUGGACCUGGAGCCGCACACCGGCAAACUGAUACUGAAGCCGCGACAAAGUAACAACAACGGCAACAAUACAUAAAGCUUUAGGAGGGGACACCGAUUUAGUUGUGGCUUGCCCUAUUAAUAUAAACAAUGACUAUGAUGCACACUUCCAAGAUAGUGGCUUAACCGCAUCCAAAAACACUAGUUUAAUACAUACUACAAAAAUAAAUAUUUAAGUUUAUUUUGGUUAAAUUAUA